CCAUGGCUGCUCACUGCCCACGUCUUGGUCUGACACACGCGACACCCGUCCGCGACGGCCAGAUAGACAAUGGACGUGGACAUUGCAUUGCGAAGAAGACGUGGGCUCAACCCACAGGCGGAGCAUUUCUGCCUGCAAACCACAGCCCUCAACACCUUUGAAGCAUCCCCAAGGCCAGCCAAUUCCAGGCUGCGGACGCUUGACCGUCGCCAGCCAGCAGCAAGGCUUUUAGGCAGUGUGCAUGCAGUUGGAGCAAUCACAGCAUGUCUUUAUUUGCACGACAGCCCGCCCAUGAAUCCACUCGAGUAUUUCACUGCAGCGCGCAUCCUGGGUGGCUGCAACUCUUCAAUUACCGUGCCCAGGAGACGUGCAGAUUGGACGUGCAAAGGGCAUUGAACAGAGAGAGAGAGAGGCAUUGGCAUGGCUAUGCUGUCCUG